GAACAUCGAGUCCCUGCUUGCUGAGUGUGGGGUUCAUUUGCUUCUUCUGACACGAGAUAUCGGGGACUGUUGUGUGACGUCAGUAGAGGGGGUGGCCACUGACAGUAUAAAUAGGCUCUGUGCUGUGUGUUUCAUUCAUAAAUCUGUAAACUGAAGCUGCUGUAGCUGCGGACAGUCUGUGGGGGAUUUUCAUAGGAUUCUUGCUUGUUCUGAAUUGUUUCUUUCAUCUGCUGGUAUUUCCUUGAGGACAACAACACUUUCUCAUCUCGUCUGGUUUUAUACUCAGUGCACUUACUUGCUGGGGAUUCCUUACAUUUUCUGUGGGAAUCUAAAACAAAUCAACUUCAGGACAAGACGCAGAAGAUCCUAAAGGAUUUGUCUUUAUGCACAGGAAAGCUCUGCUCCCCGGGAGCCUAAAGGUGUUAGGUGUUUAUUACUAGAGUUUUAUGCCCUGAGAGUAAGGUGUCUGGCAUUCUGGUUUCUGACUGCACACAUCAUAUCUGUGACAGCAAAGGAGGUAUCCCAUUUUGGAAUGACAUUGUGGGGUGUAGGGCUUACAGCUAUUACUGCCUGGAUCUAAUUCGUUUAUUCUGACUGGACAAUCAGCUGCCACAUUUGGGUUACAGCCAGCUAUUAUCUGCAUUAUUGACAACAAAUUGAGCAACAUACUUUUAAUCUUGGGACCUAGCCAUGCAAAUAUAAUAUAUUGAUUCUGAAGUGGUGAAUACCCACCUUUAUGAGUACCCAUGCACCUGAGCUCACCACCAACAACACCUUAAACAAUCGCAAUUCUCACAUUGUCCUAAUUCAUUUGUAAAGUUCACUUUUUGGGACUGUUGCAUAUUUCAGAAGCAGUUCUGAUUCUUGAAUCUUGAAGGGGUUUCUUUGUGAUUACUGUAUUUUAUUUUGGGGUUUAAAUUGAAAAAAAAAACCCAAAAUUUCUCCAGUUCCUGUAAGGUCAUGUACCAGGGAUACGACUCCUCCAGCUCUUCCCCCUCUGCCGAGUCUCAGUAUCUGUCAUCAGUGGAUUCUUUUGGGAGCCCAUCGGCAGCUGGUGUUCCACAGGAGUGUGCAGCACUAUGUGAUGCCCCCACCUCAUUCGUCCCCACUGUUACGGCCAUUACCAGUAGCCAGGACCUUCAGUGGUUGGUCACCCCAGCCCUCAUCUCCUCUAUGGCUCAGUCCCAGCCUACAUCAGGCCCCCCUAUUGACCCGUAUGACUUACCAGGCCCCAGUUAUGCUUCUCCUUCUGGGGCAACUUAUGGACACACCUUGCCUGAAGCCACACCAGAGCAAGAGGAGGUACGUCCAUCCCGAGGUCGAGGCAAGAGAACCAGAGAGGAAGCGCUUACUCCAGAGGAAGAAGAGAAAAGACGGGUAAGAAGGGAAAGAAACAAACUGGCAGCUGCAAAAUGCAGGAACAGAAGAAGAGAGUUGACUGACAGACUACAGAGUGAGACAGACCUUCUGGAGGAGGAAAAGUCUACACUUGAAGCAGAGAUUGAUGAGCUACGCAGACAGAAAGAACAGUUAGAGUUUGCUCUUCUCUCCCACCAACCAGGAUGUAAACUGCCCUAUGACGACAUCAACCUGCCAACUUCAGAUCCAAGCACGUCCUAUCCCCAUGGAGCCCUCCUGCCCACCUAUCCAACACAAUCGGAGGUAUCAUUCCCUAUCUGUUUGCCCCCACUGCCGGACUCAGACUGUGCCACCAGUGCGGGGUCUUACACAUCUUCAUUUGUGUUCACCUCACCAGAGGGAGGAACCUGCGGAGCCCGGUACCAGCGCAGCAGUGGGAGUGAGCGCUCAUCAUCAGACUCGCUCAGCUCCCCCUCACUUCUGGCCCUCUGAGACAUGAACAUCUAUCCCUCCUCUGAAUUCAACUCUCCUUCUCUCCGUCCAGCUCUGCUCUGCAUAUCCAAGAGGUGCACAAUUCUGGUCCUCGAUGGAUGCUUAAGAGGUCAAGAUAUAAGUAUAUUGCUAUCAGUGAGGAGGUGAGUUACUCAAUGGCUCAGUCUUUUUAACUGGCAAAUCUAUGCUGUACAAUGGAUAUUACUAUCCUUAAGGCCUGACCAGUUAAUAGUCCUCGAGGACGAGAGUUGUGCACACCUAACCUCAUUCAUUUGCUCAGUUUCCUCAUUCUAACGCCCAUAAGAAAUACUUUUUCUGCCGCACUCACUAAUUUCAGUUAUCACCUUCAGACAUUCAUAGUUCUCCAACUUCUUCACUCCCAUGAUGAAUUUUUCCAGUCCCCUUCUCACUUACUGUGCAACUCAGUCAGUCAUUCAGGCUUUUUUUAAAAACUUUUUCUGCUUUACUAGAUUUGUAUUGCUUCAACUCCUCAUAAUCAUGUCCAUAAAAUAACCUGGUAAUGUAAUUUAAGACAGUCAGACUCAUCCAAUCUUUGGGGUGGCCCAGCUCAAACAACCCACCUCUGCUUACUUGCAAUGGGUGAACAAGGACAACAGCAGAAGGGGUUGUGGAAGGGGAACAAAACAGCAGACCCUGAGGUUUUCUGUAUGGUAUGAAUUUACCCAUCAUCACUGAAAGACAUCCAACUUCUUUCAUUAUCAUUCUCCAGUUUUCCCUACUUAUUUCUUUAACUUUGCUUAUCUAACCAUCCCUGAGCACAAUGGGCAACAAUUCCCACAUUUUCCUACUUAUAGUGUUCUAUAAAUAAUAUUUUACCCAUUCUCCUUAUUUACCUCUCCCAUUCUCAAUCCUGUAUCUGUGAACAUUUUCUUACACCCCAACAUCUUUUUAUGGAGCAUCUUGGAGUAAGACCAAGCAUUGUUAAGAAGUUUUGACGUUCGACAUUCCGCUUCAGUGAAACAGCACACAAUGUUCUUCUGCCACUGAGAUCUAUAGGGACCAGAAUCCUUUACUGUAGAGUGGAAUCAUAAAGGCUACCGAACGUACUUCACGACUACAAAUGAAAAGUGAUCUGCAAUGGAUUUGGAAGUGUGUGUUAUCUGGAUAAGGAGUGAGAAGACUGUAAGAUAUGAAGUGUUGACCCUUUCUCAUGCCAGCGAGAGUUGAAAUUGUUUCUCAUACAUUCCCACCACUGCCAAAUACAUAAAUAUGAAUACCAAUUUUAGUCCUUAUCUGCUGUUGAGACCUGCCAAUAACUAUUUUCCUCAGACAGAGUAUACAGAUGACUUAUAACCUAUCCCGUCCUAGAAUUAACUUAAGAGUCAGAUAUAUUUUUGUAAAGCCAGUGAAAAAAACUGCAAUGUUCUAAGCAUUUCCUGUUAAAUCUUGUUAACUGGUGAGCCCUUCCAGAAACCCAGGGACCAGGAUGUAGUUUCAGUUUUAGGUCCAUGUCACACAAAAAUUAAAUACCUUGUAUUUUAUUAAAAUAAGCCACACACACUCAGCUAAGUAAAUGGGAGCCUACAGAUGGUUUCAGAAAAUGAAUUAUGUUAGAAUUAUGCUUGUUAGCUAAAUCUAACAUAAAAUAUGAUUUGGCAUUGCUCUGACAUAAGUUGUUGUGUGAUAUGAACCCACCCCCUGACAAUAAUGGUAUUACCUGCCUGUCAGUGUCAACAAGCAGUGUUACUUUGUGCUCUUUAUGUAUAGCUUUAGGCUUAAAGGCUAUUAUACCCAGACAAAAGGAUUUUGUUCCAAUGAAGAGAUUUUUAUGCAAGUAGUAAUGAGCAAAAUAAUGUGUUCAUGUACACAUCUGUUGUAUGUAUGCCUACAUACACCUAUAAACACACACACACAUAUAUAUAUAUAUAUAUAUAUAUAUAUAUAUAUAUAUAUAUAAAUAUAUAUACUGUAUAUCCAUGCCUAUACAAAUAAAUGGUAAGCUGUAAAGAUAGCUCUAUUUUUCUAUAUAUUUUUAGAAUACAUAAGCUUAUCUAUAUGUGUUUAAUAUCGAUAUAUAUAUAUAUAUAUAUAUAUAUGGAAACAUAAUUGCUUUUAUAUGUACAUAUAUAGUAUAGCAGUAUAAGUGUGGGUAUCUUUAUAAGAGCCUGUGUCCGUACUGUACCGUUUUUGGUUUCUUUUUUGGGCACAGGGCCAAAUUAGAAUAUAAAGUACUUUUUAGAGAGACCCGCACUCCAUGUAUUGUGAGUUCAAAACUUCUUUUGUUUCGGGCCACAUUAGGGCCUUUAUCAUUAGGGCCUUGAUAAAACGUUGGAUACGCAUGUUUGUAUAAAGACAUUUUGAAUUCACAAUACAAUGAGUGCGGGUCCCUCUAAAAACGACUAUAUAUAUAUAUAUAUAUAUAUAUAUAUAUGUGUGUGUGUGUGUGUGUGUGUGUGUGUGUGUGUGUGUGUGUGUGUGUGUGUGUGUGUGUGUGUGUGUAAAUCAAAGAAGCUAGUAAAAGAAUACUAUAGUGAAAAUCAGCUACUGGACUCAGUCCAAUAUUUUAAUACAGCACUAAUAUGACCCACUGAGCGCAGUACCUAAUUUCUGCUAUAUCAGUAUAUAUAUUAAAUAUAUAUAGUAUAUAUAUAUAUAUAUAUAUAUAUAUAUAUAUA